AUUUUAUGAGGAACAAUGGUCAAUGCCACUGGGACGGCAUCCCUUCCAUUCAGCGACCUUUAUGCCAGCAGCAUAUUCCAGCUCCCACCAAAGCGGCACCUGAAAAUACCAGCUGCGUGGUUCAAACGCCGUCGUUUAUCAGCUGCGAAUAAGUUGCGGGCCCCACCCGUUGAACGACCAAUAUUUAAAUUGUUGCAUUUGCGCAGCUUAUUUUUAGCUAAUCGUUUCCUCCAAACUCAACGGACAAUGGAGAAUUGCAGCGGAGACAUUUCCGGCGAUCGGCUGACGGUGAUGGUGACGAACGACGACGGUAUUGAUGCACCUGGAUUGAGAGCUCUCGUUCGCGUCCUUGUCUCCACUAAUCGCUUCCACGUCCUCGUCUGCGCUCCCGAUUCUGAGAAGUCAGCUGUGAGUCAUAGCGUUACUUGGCGGAACCCUGUUUCAGCGAAGCAAGUGGAAAUUAGUGGAGCUACAGCUUUUGCUGUUUCUGGAACUCCAGCAGACUGCACUUCCUUAGGAAUCUCUCAAGUUCUCUUCCCUUCAAUACCUGAUCUUGUUAUCAGUGGCAUAAAUAUGGGUAGCAACUGCGGUUACCAUGUGGUUUACUCAGGCACAGUAGGGGGUGCUCGAGAGGCUUUCUUCAAUGGUGUACCAUCCGUCUCCUUGUCCUAUGAUUGGGUUGGUGGAAAGAGCAAUGUUAAUGACUUCACUUUGGCUGCUGAGGCUUGCUUGCCAAUUAUUAGUGCUGUAGCAGUUGAGAUCAAGAAUCAUAAUUACCCUCAGAAUUGUUUUCUGAACAUAGAUGUGCCAACAGAUGUUGUUAAUAACAAGGGAUAUCGUCUGACUAGGCAGGGCAAGAGCAUUGUCAAAAUGGGCUGGAGGCAAGUAACAUCUGAUGCUGAAGGGGGGAAAAUGUUAUCUACAAUGACAAUGGAUGUUUCAGGUGCAGAAGCAGGAGGGGCAGAUUUUUCCAGCAGACAACAAGAGCAGCUUCUUUUCAGGAGAGAAGUCAGAGGAGGUCAAAUUGAGAAUGAUGAGGAUACUGACUACUGCACCCUUCAAGGAGGAUAUAUAACCGUCACUCCUCUUGGUGCCUUGUCUCCUCCAGAGAUCGAUGGCUAUUCAUACUUCAAAGAGUGGCUGCCCAUUGUAUCUGAGCGCUAUUCCUCUGCAUUAUAGAUUUAUAGUUGAUGUUGCGAGUUCCUCCUUUUCCCCCAGAAUCCAUUUUUUCUGUCACAUACUCCAGGACAUGAUGAAGCUAGUGGAUUUGUGGCUCCAAAUUGAACCAAUUCAAUUUACCAAAGCUGGGCAGAAUUCCAAGAAGGUUGGUCUGUAUGAGAAAUAAACAGUAGAAGUUACAAACAUUUCGCCAGUUAUUGCCUACAGAACCACCUAGCCCGUGGACAAAAACUCAGCGACAAUGAGCACCAAGAGUGAGCUGUUUGUAUCAUGAUAGAUCAAUUAACUGUUUCUAUGGAAUCCCCAUUUGAUCAGCAAGCAUACGAUUUUAAAAUCUACAGACUCCAAUCCGAGUAUUAUUGCAACUA